AUGAGGGAUGGUUUUGGGGAUGUUACUAGUCUUACACGGACGAAAAUUAUUGAUUUCAUUCGCAGUUAUUCCACUGGCACAACUUUAGCAUCGAAUAUUGCGUACCACAAUUCAGUUACUGUUUCAUCCAAUGAAAAUUCGGUCAACACGAGUGAUAAAGUAGUUGAUACCAACGGGAAUACGCGCUGGUCAAGUGCCUAUAGUCAGCCGCAAUGGAUUUAUGUAGAUCUUGGAACAACAUACAACUAUAGCAAUCGCAUGGGAAUCAUAGCAUAUGCUAGAAAUGAUUAUUUAGAAUCUUCUAACGAUGCAAAAACAAAAACAUGA